UGCGGAUUAAUAACAGUGUCACAGGCUGAUCACCCACAGAAUGAUGGACAAAUCCAGAUCUUGAGGCAAAAUUUCAGCAGAGGCUCUGAUGCCACGGUACCUCGUGACGUCACAAGCUCCCUCCAUGACUCAAAAACAUGGCGGCUGCCAUGGAGCUGAGAUGCUGGGGAGGAGACUGGGGUUUGCCUUCUGUCCACACCGAUUCCCUCAUAGUUCUGGCAUACGCUAAGUUUUCUGGGGCAAAAGUCACAGUUUCUCCCAUAGACUGGACAUGGAAAACUCUAACAGCGACAGUCCCAGAGUUGCUUUGUGGAGACUCAGCAGUGCAAGAACCAACACGGAUACUCAACUUCCUGCGAAAACAGAGGUUUAAUGCAGACUAUGAGCUGACAGCCAGACAAGGAGCAGACACCAUGGCAUACAUCGCCCUGCUUGGAGAGAAACUGCAACCAGCUCUGCUGCACACUUUCUGGGUGGAUGCAGAAAACUACGCCAACCUGACACGGCCAUGGUUUGCGUCACGCUCACCGUUCCCUCUUAACUUUCUUGUCCCUUAUCGCCAUGCCAGCGCCGCCCUCUCCCGCAUUCUUUUAACCAAAGGAGAGGCACCGCUACACAGAAUCACUGAGGUGGAGGGAAAGAUCUACAGUGAUGCUAAAGAGUGCCUGAAUCUCCUCUCCUACAGACUGGGAACAGCAAACUACUUCUUUGGCAAUUUGCCAACCAGUCUGGAUGCCUUUGUAUUCGGUUUUUUGGCUCCACUCCAGAAAGCCAGUCUUCCCAGCAGCCCUCUGCAGAGCCACCUCAGACAGCUGGACAACCUCACACGCUUCUGUGACACCAUCCUUGCAGUCUACUUCAGCACAGACCACCCUUGUCCUCCCCCACCUGUUCAGGAAACAAUGGAUGCCAACCUACAGAAACUAACUCAGCUUGUAAACAAAGAGUCCAACUUAAUAGAAAAGAUGGAUGACAACCUCCGCAGCAGCCCUCAGCACAAACCACACAGACCAGACCCCAAACCCAGUCUGGCCAGUGAUAAGAGCUCUACCCCUGCCUAAUCGUUGACCGUACAACCCUGAUCUAGUCUUAUGAAUCGAGGAGGAAUAACCCGGCAGAUGUAAGGUGCUGCUCUGAAUCUGACUCUACGUCCCGGAAUCAAACAACUUAAUAUUUAAUGGAAAUAUUACCCUAUGAUUAUAAAAAGAGACUUUUAAUGAUGAUAAACUUCAGAGAUGUUUGUCUGAAAGAGAAGGAAAAGUGAUUGUGGGAAGUUUUGAAAAGGUUAAGCGCAUGUAUGUGGUAAAGAUGGAGUGUUAUGAAAUGAUGCUCAAUGAGAAAGACACAGAAAGUUCAAAGGAAAGCCAAAGGAAAUGAAAAGUCCAGCAGGGGAAAGUAAGUGGCAAUGUUUCAUCUCUCAGUGGGCCACUGUUUCAUUUUUUUUUUUGUAACCUUUUACAGCUUUUGUUUUGUUUAAGGGCUAUGUGUUUUCUGUUUGAAUUGUUCCUCUCUGACAUGAUCAGUGCCACACUAGGAACACAAGGAUAUUGAAAUUACUGAGUUGAAUACUGAGUUAAAGGGACCUUGGUUACUAAACUGAACAGUGUGGGGCUAUGGCACCUUAUGGCAAGAUUUUUUUAGUCAUCUUAUGUUGCUCCAGUUUAUAAAUCUGCGUUUUAUCAUGGAGGAUCUCAGAUCCUUUAGCACCCUUCUGAGCACACAUUAUUUCAUAUAUCCAGUGUAAAAUGUUCUGCAAUGUAAAUUCUACUAACAUAAACGGUAAUGUACAGUAUGUAUGUAGUCAUGACUAUAGGAAUAGCCAAUUGCUCAAUUUGCUUUGCAUUCACCUCCUCUGCAUUGUAUAGGCUGUAUAGUUGUAAAUAGUUCCAUGAUUGAUAUAAUGCAGUUUCCUCUACUAGGGCUGAUAAGCUUGUUCACAAUCUUUGCAAUAUACACUGAGGUAAUGGAAAGGCCUUGCACACUCUAUUAACUUAUUCAUGCAAAAUAUUUUGGACUAACGUGUUUAUGUUUAUGUGUGAAAGUUUUCCCAAGAACUGUCAGAAACCCGUGUGUUUUUUGAUGAUUUUUUCCUUGUUUUGCGAUAUAUUCUGCUUCAUUAACAAUCCACCCACUUCUGUUGUUGCCAUGAUUUUCCAUGACCAACAUUUAUUUUGUUUUUUUGGGUUUUUUUUUUUUUUUCUUUCGUGUUAAUCAUUUGCUGUGCCUAUUUAACGGUCACUCUGUUUGAACUGAAGUGUCUGUCCCAUUUGGGAAUGUAUUAUUAGUUGCCUUCUGUUGUCCUUUAUUUUUACAGUAUGGUUGCGUAGCACAGAAAUUGGGCUGUUAAAUGAGUUGCCUCUCUUUCCUUUUACUGUCAUGUUCCCUCAUAUCCUCACAGCUCAUACAUUACUGAACUGAGUCUACCCCAUGUGAUUACUUUCAUUAUCUCUGUGUCUCAGUUUUAAAAUACUAAUAGUCAUAAAGAUAUUUCACUUCAAGGAUACACGGAUACAUGGAUACUUCAUGGAUACUUCAUGGAUACAUUCCCAUUCCAUACAUUAAAGCACCAUAUUCUGAAACUAAAGUGUUUACUGGGGUGUGUCUGCUUUCAUCACACCAUGUUGUUUUACAGGUUUGUGAAGACCAUAUGGGUGCAGUGUGCCUUCAUGACUGCUGGUUUCAAAAUGCAAACAGUGUCCUUCAUUAUUUUGAUACAUUGUCAUAAAUGAUCUUUGUCAUUUCAGUUGCUGUUGUUCAUAGUCUGUUGAUGGUUGGUAACAACUGUCUUCAUAUUACUGAAAUACAAAUAUGA